AUGCCAGAGCGGAACAGGCUAAUUUUGAUUGAACUGUUUCUUUCUCCCAACGGGAGCCUAUUGGAGUUGAUAAGAAGUGCGGAACAGGCUAAUUUUGAUUGGAUUGUUUCUUUCUCCCAACGGGCGCCUAUUGGAGUUGAUAAGAAGGUAUACGGUUGGUUCGAUAAUAGAAGAGUUUUGAGGAGGAAUUCAUGGCAAGAUGGAGUUCAAGAAACCAACUGCCCUAUGAUGCCAGGGGAAAACUGGACGUAUAGUUUUCAGAUGAAAGAUCAGAUUGGAAGUUACUUUUACUUCCCUUCACUCUUGCUUCAAAAGGCUGCUGGAGGAUAUGGUGCUAUCCGCGUCAAGGACUGCAAUGUUAUCCCUAUUCCGUUCUCUCAUCCCGACUAUGAGUAUGAUAUAUUGAUUGGUGAUUGGUAUAACGCAGAUUACUAG